AUGGCGGUCUUUGGCUCUCGACCUUUCCGCGCGCAUACUUCAAGGGCCGAUGGUAUUGGUCGAAUCUUAAAGCGGCAUCCGUCUUACUUUGGCCUACCGUUUGUCCUUGUCAUGGUAGGAGGGAGCUUUGCGCUGUCAACGUUUACCCAAACUCGAUAUGACUUGCACGAGAAGAAGGUGACACAGAUGUCCAAGGAGGAAGAAUUGCACAUGAGCAAGAACAGGAGACAUGUGGAUAUUCGAGAAGAGUACUUUAGGCUUCAAGCGCAAGACGAUGAAGAUUGGGAACCUGUGCGAGUACCACGCCCUCCUGGUUCCGGAGACCAAUAA